UAUCAACUAUCAAGUAUCAAUCAACUAUCAACACCGACCAGCCGACCUGCCGUGAUACGGAACGUCGACGAUAUGUUGUGAAAGCAAUUUUUUUUGGCGGCUCUAGACAAAAUACAAACACAUCCGUUUAAUCCUCAAACCUCUAGUUCGAUGGAGGAGAGUAAUGGUAAGAGAAUAAGAGGUAGAGCUCGUGGCCGAGCUCGUGGACGCGCCGGACGGGGAGGUCGAAGUAGAGGACGAACUAAGAAACAAGUUAAGAUUAUUGAAAGUGAUGAUGAAGAGACUCCACAGCAAGUGGAAGACAAUUCUGUCGAAGCAAUUACUGGUGAACAGGAACAUGAACACGAACCUUCCGUGACUCAGCAACCCGUGAUUGAGCAACAAUUUGACUUGGAGGCCGAUAUAUCGCAGUUGGAGGCACCAACAUUUACGACCAUCAACCGUGGUCCACCCGAGCCGAUGCUACGCUUAAGAUGGGACCACCGAGUGAAUCUUAUAGGAGAGAAAGUGCUGAAUCCUAUGAUACAUUGCUGUGACAAGUGUUUGAAGCCUAUUCUCAUUUAUGGACGUAUGAUACCUUGCAAACAUGUAUUCUGCCUGUCUUGUGCUAAGAGAGAAGACAAAGUCUGUCCUCGUUGCAUGGAGAAGGUGUCCAGAGUAGAGCAAACUGGGUUGGGUACUGUAUUUAUGUGUACACAUGGUGGGACGAGAUAUGGAAAUGCUGGUUGUAGAAGAACAUAUCUCAGUCAACGUGAUUUACAGGCUCAUAUUAAUCAUCGGCAUAUAUCGGCGCCACCUCAACCGGUCCAAGGAAUGCAGGUCGAUCCUCCGCAAUACGUGCACACCAAACCAGAGAUAGAGUCGCAGCUAACGAAGGUAUCUUCCGUACAAAUGCAGAACACGCGGCUUAAAUCUGUGCAGUCUCACAUGGUCCAACCGAUCAUGGGUAAUGAUCCUCGUGUGAACUCGCUGGUGAAUCAGCAGCCAUUGGAGCAACAUCGGCAGCAACACAGGCAGCAACAGCAGCAGCAACAGCAACAGCAGGCGAUGAUGUCAAUGCAGAGUUAUGCGCAGAGUACCGCACCGCCACCACCGCCUCCGAAUAAUGCCCCGAUGCGCACUAAUCUUAUCACCGUGCCGAUCCAGGACACGACGUCCCUGACCACGCACGAUCUUCACGCGCAGCAGAGUCAUCAUUAUUAUCCAACGCCACCGCCACCGCCUCCGCCGCCACCACCGCCGGUGAACUACGGCGGUUAUAAUGUGCCACCGCCGGUGUCGCAGCCGACGCAGCAGUACUAUCCGCAACAGCAGCAUCCAACUCAAGUGUCUUACGUGCCGCCACCGCCACCACCGCAACAGCAACAGUACGUAUCGUCGGCGCCGACUUCCAUACGACCAUCACCUGCCGGUUAUAUACAGGAACCUCAAUACGGUCCGCCACCGUCCCAACAGCAACCACCACCGCCACCACAGCCACAGUGGUCGCAACAUCAACAGCAGUUUUAUAGAUAAAAGACGAGAGUUAUUAGCUUAUUGGUAAAGUAAUAACGUGAAAGACGUAAGUUUAACUAUUAUCACUUUGUAAAUAUUUUUAAGUAGAAAAAUAUUUUCUCAUAAUGAGAUAAAAAAUAAGUUUAAAAAAAUAAAACCAAGAUUUUCUUAUUUACUUUGAUUCUGCGGUCCUCUAAAGGGAUUUGGUAAAUUAGAAAAAACAAAAUAAGAUAUAUUAAUUGUCAUAUGAAUGUAUUUAUUAGGGCUUGAUUUAAUAAUGAAUGAUUAUUAUUUCAAUCCCAAAAAGUAAGGAGGAAAAAGAUGAUUAGAGCUCGACAUUGUUUAUGCGUGUAAAUUAUUUUUGUAUAUUUAAACCUGUUCCUUUUCGCUGUACUGUUAUUGGUGCAAAAGUUAGAAUAAGACAUAUAUUUGUCUCACUCUACUUGUUGCUCCAGUACAUUAAAAAAGAACAAACUUUUCAUUUCUUCUUGGUAUGUUACGUUACUAGUACAUUAUACUAUUUGCCAGGAAUGUCUAAGAUUAGCUAAAUGACUGAUAAGAGAGAUUUCUCUCUUUGGACAUAGGGAAAAUGGACAUAGUUAAGAGUGUGAAAUAAUUAUUCUACUGAAGAUGACUCGAAAAGAAACCGAAAUAUUUAAAAGUAGAGUUAUUUAACGUAUCAAGAAAAAAAAACAGAUAUACGAAAAUAAUUCACACAUGAGCAAUGGCCUUGAGUUCUCAUGGUUUUUUUCUCCUCACUUUCUUAAUUUAAUAAAUCCUUUACGAACAAAAUUUUGAAAAUUAGAAAAUGUAUAUAAUUUUUGAGUAUAUAGUGUACAAUGAUUCAGAUAACGGUGAAUAUUAAAAUAUAGAAAUAAAAUGGCCUAUUUUUAGCGUGUGUAUGUAUAUAUACAUUUAGACAAUAUCAAUUAUUUUUGUAUUUCAAUAUUCAUAUCGUUGUUAUCUGAAUAAUUUCACAUUAUAAAUAUUUUGCAAAAUAAUAUGUCUCUUACCAUGAAACAUAUAUUGUAUAAAUGUUUAAAGAUAAAUUUGUAAUUAUGUCAAAAGUAUAAUAUUUCAAGAAUCUGUAAUUUUUUCAUAAGUACCAAAAUCCAAUCAUAUAUACCAUACAUAUGUGCAUAAAUGAUAUAUAGCUUCAAACAUCAGACGCUUAUAAUAUAUGUUCUGAUUGUUUUAUAUAUUAUUCAAUCAUUAAUAUGUUCCAGUUUUUUUCAUGUUUGGUGACAUUUUAAUUUUGGAACAAAACUGAUUUUUUUAUCUUUAUCAGAUUUCUCAACAUUCUGAUUAAACUAAAAGCAUCAAUAUUUAUUACGCUCUAUUAAGCAUUGCUGCGUUCCAUCAUAGAGGUGUACGCACUAUUUUAAAAAACUUAUCGAAAAAAGUUUAUAAUAUAUUUGUAUAUUUGGUACACAAAACAUUAUAAUAAUGAAAUUAUAUUUCUUGAUAAGAGUUUAUGUAUCGUUUUAAUUCUACUAUUUAGAAUAUAUUUACAGAUUAUUAAGAAUUUCCUGAACCUCUGAAAUUUUUUGAUCGUAUUAUAAAAAGGUUUUGGUAAUAAAAUCAAAUACAAAUAUUUUGUCGGUAGAAUUUAAUAUUGUACAGAUCGUAACGAUUGUAACUUAUGUACAAAAUUAAUGAUAUAUAUAUAUAACAUGUACAUAUGCAUGUAAUAAUUACAUUAGAUUUUUAAAACAUGCUUUCUGUGAAUUCAACAAAUACUCGUAUUCAUUCACACUCAAUUAAUUUUGGCCUUCUAUUUCUCGGACACAAUAAUAAAUAUUUUAAUUGACUAAAUAUUCAUAAUAAAAGUACUUAAUAAAAGAUUCGUCAUAAUAACAUUGUGUUGAAUAGACGGCCAAAAUCACUCAAAACAUACAAUAUCAUAUACUUUGUAAACUUUAUUCACACCAUACAUAAAAAUAGCUCUUAAUAUCAUUCCAUUAUAUAUAAUGGAAUGAUUAUACAUAGCGAUAUCGCUACAUAUAAUCACUGCCCCUUUUUAAUAUCUUGUUCCCUUUACAUUUUACAUCAAUCUUUAUUAUAUUUACAAAUUUAUUUGUGUAAUUUUAUAUACAAGAUACUUCAGUAUUUGUUAUAAUUAUUAUUAAAACUAUCUUCCACACCCCAUGCACUCCCAUCUAUGUAUAGCGAAUGCAUCUAUGAACUAAAAAUGUUAUACAUUUUAUAACAUUAAAUACGCAUUUACAUAACAUAAAUGAUUCUGUACAAAAUAAAAUUAUGUAAUUUAAA